AUGCAAACAUGGAGGACUUUGGAAUAUUUAUUUUAUUUGGCCAUAUUUUUAUUGUACUUUAAGUUAGCAGAGUCAGCUUCCAUUGAAACAAUGAAAUCGUCGUCAACAUCUACAUCGUCCUCUUCAAUGGAUAUUUUAACAACUACCGAAAGAUCACUGACGGAUAGUGGAAUUUCGCGAAAUGUUGAAGGUGGCAGUAAGCUGAAGCGUACUUUGCAAGAAUGUAAUAAUUCCUUUAGUUGGAUGUGCUUAAAAUUGGAAUUUGUCAGACUUUUGGAACGUCUCACCGAACGCGAGGAAUUGCGUUUGCUGAAUGGCAUAAGUGUGAUUAAAGAUCCGGAGGCAAAGGAGAUAAAAACAUCAGAAUUGAUGGCAGAGGUUGCCCGCAGUUAUCCAAAUGAUCCAGAUGCCCGUUUAAAUGGAUAUAUUAUCAACAAAGUCAAUAAUUUCCUGCAAACCCAUUACUUGCGUUUCAAACUUAUCGAUGAUCAUACUAUUGAGGAAGCUCGUGCUCUAGUCGAAACUGGACGUAAAGAAAAAUUUGGCAAGAAAGGGGGCAUGGAGGCUUUAAUAGCGGCCGGCCUAAUGAUGAAAGGCACCCUGAUGGCCAUGGGUAUGGGUGGCAUAGCUUUAAUAGCAGGCAAAGCUUUAAUGACAGCCCUAAUGGCCUUAACUCUAGCAGCAGUGGUGGGACUUAAGAGUCUGGCAGGUGGUGGAGGCAAAUCACAUACAUAUGAAAUUGUUACCAAGCCCAUUUACACAGCUAGUCAUACACAUUCAGUGAGUCAUGAUGAGGGUGGUCAUGGUGGCGGUCAUAUGGGUCACAGUGGCAGUGGUUAUGGUGGUUAUGCCAGAUCGUUGAAUUUAAAUUUGCCCAAAAGUCUGAGAGGGAGCUCUAAAGUGAAUUGA